AUGGAGGAAAAGGUCGUGUUAGCGUUUUGCAACUCCCCUGAUGGCACAGUUGCAGCUAUCGACCUGGACACAGGGGCCAAGCUCGUCGAGUACAGAUCGAACGCAUCGCGGCAGGCGGCCGCGGUGACCGCUGUCGGGUCGAACUACUUCGCAUCAGCCCAGGCAGACAAACCAGCCCUGCACACCUGGGCGUGGCACAAGGAUGCGGUGCACAGUCGCUCGUUCGCCCUCGAGCCUCUGCAGUCCCUGGCGGCGACAGCAUGCGGCACGUUCGUCGCCGCUGGCGGCUCCUCGGGCAUCAUGUACCUCUGGGAGGCGGGGGGCGGGCGUCUGCUGCGCCAGUGGCCGGCGCACUACAAGGCGGCCACGGCGCUCGCGUUCACCGACUGCGGCUCGAUGCUCGUGUCGGGGGGCGCCGAUGCCGUGAUCAACGUCUGGUCGGUCAGCCACCUCGCGGACGCGCAGUCCGACCCCAACGUCCUGCCGCGGGCGACGCGCGUGUGGACGGGGCACUCCCUGCCGAUCACCGCCCUCGCGUGCGGCAGGGGGCGGGCCGCGAGCGCGCUGCUGGCGUCCGCGUCCGACGACCGGACGGUGCGGUUGUGGCACGUGGGGCUGGGGGAGCAGCUGCACACGGCGUCCUUCAGGUCCGGCGUGACGUCCGUCGCGAUGGACCAGUGCGGCGACGUCAUGGUUGCUGGCUGCGCCGACGGCACAGUCCACGCGGUCCACGUUGGCAAGAUGAGCAGCGCAGUCCAGCAGACCGACGUUGACGCAGGUGCGGGGCCGGUCGUGGUCGUGCUGCCCGGGCAUGCGCGGGCAGUGUCGGCGGUGGCUCACGGCGGGGGCGAGCUUUUCGUGACGUCCUCUGUUGACGGCAACAUCCACGUCGUCGAUCUCGGGACGCGGCAGCUGCUUCGCGUCCUCCAGCACCCGUCGAAAGGCCCCGUCACUGGCCUCGUCGUUCUGGACCGCCCCGCGUACCUGAUCCCAGCAGCGGGUGGGGACGGCGGCACGGACAGGGUGGCGCCCGACAUCGCGGGGGUGUGCGCGCUCGAAGCGUCGCGCAAGGGACCUCGGCGGGCGCUCCCCUUCGCGCACCUGGCGAAGUACCCUGGCCCUGGUCCCGGACAGCAGCCCUGGGAGGGGGGCGCGGUCGUGCUGGACGACGCAGAGGGCGAUUUCACAUCUUCGAUCGCGCAAAGCGUGGGGCUGGUGUCUGCGGUGGCGAGCGAGGGCGCAAGCGCGGUGCGUCCGGACUCCGGCGCGAUCGAGGCGGGCGCCGCCCCGGACGCGGGCCGCGAGAUGGAACGGGAGCGCGACGAGGCGAUCGCUGAAGCGCAGCGGUGGCGCAAGCUGCAUCAGGAACUGCACUCCUUCUGCGUGCAACAGUACGCGUCAAGCGGCAAAACGCCACGCGGAUCAUGA